AUGACACUUUUCUUCUUUUCUUUGGGAACAAGAAGCUUCAUUGAUACCGAAUCGAUUUGUAAUUCGAGAAAUGUAAUUGAAAAUAUAUAUAGUAAUAAUAAUAAUAAUAAUAAUAAUAAUAAUAAUAAUAAUAAUAAUAAUAAUAAUAAUAAUAAUAAUAAUAAUAAUAAUAAUAAUAAUAAUAAUAAUAAUAAUAAUAAUAAUAAUAUUAAUAAUAAUAAUAAUAGUAAUAAUAAUAAUAAUAAUAAUAAUAAUAAUAAUAAUAAUAAUAAUAAUAAUAAUAAUAAUAAUAACAGUUCAAGUUUUGAAUAUUCUCCCACAAAAUUCAACUUACAGUAUUAA